AUGUCAACUUCAACAGCAACCGAAACCACUGCCCAGCAGAAGGUAGUCGUUGCCUCUACAGACUACAGUAACUUGAAUGUGAAGCCUGCAGUCGAGGACGCCAUUUUCCAAGCAACUGCCCGCGGCGAUCGUAAUGGAACGCUCAAACUACCAGGAAUUCCAGUAUUCACAGACCUCUAUGAGAAGCGUAAAUGGAUGAAAGAGCACAUGGCGGCCGCGUUCCGUUUCUUCGGAAAGCAUGGACACGGCGAGGGUAUUUCUGGACACAUCUCCAUGAGAGACCCUGUCUUGAAGGACCAUUUCUGGAUGAACCCUUACGCUAAGCAUUUCUCUGCCAUGAAAGCCUCCGAUCUCGUCCUUGUCGACCAAGAUGGCUAUGUGACAGAAGGGGGCAAUCAGGCACCCAUCAAUGAGGCCGGAUUCAUGAUCCAUUCAGAGAUCCAUAAAGCCAGACCGGAUGUUGUUGCUGCUGCGCAUACGCAUGGAGUUUACGGAAAGACGUGGAGCGCAUUUGGGAAGGGGAUCGAGAUGAUCACUCAAGACGCAUGUAACUUCUAUGGGAAACUAGGUGUCUAUAUUGACCAUGGUGGAAUUGCGUUGGCUCAGGCAGAGGGGCAGCAAAUCGCCAAGGCCUUGGGGGAGGACAAGAUAGCUUGCAUUUUGCAAAACCAUGGUUUGUUAACCGUAGGUCGCACAGUAGAUGAAGCAGCCUUUCUUCUUUCCAGCUUGGAUCAUGCGUGUCAUUCUCAGCUGAUGGCCGAGGCGGCUGCUGCCAAUGGCGUACCAAAGAAGAUCAUCAAUGAUGAAGUGGCUCAGUACACGGCCAAUGCGGUCCAGACACCGCAUCAUUUUUAUACCGAAUUCCAACCUGAGUUCGACCUCAUCGUAGAGGAGACCAACGGACGAGUUCUUCUGUGA